AGUAGUAAGGGCAGUAACUGCGAUGUCCGCCGUCGUCCGUCUAUAUACUUUCACUUUCUAAUCAUUUCAUCGUAAUUUAAUUGCCGUUUGAGUUGUAUGUAGAUCAUACGUAUGUCAGUAUUCAAUCAAACAAAUACAAUAAAAAGCAACAAAGUUAUCGUUCAAUAAUAGCUAUGGACAUCGAAUCAUCGGAAGAAUCUGAGGAUGUUAAUGCCGAUGCAACAACUGAUGAGAAUGAAUCUGGUGCUAGUAAACCAUUUGACCCAGCCUUAACAACCACACAUUCUUAUUUAGGUAACGACCUGGAAAUCCUACGUGGUAGAACUCUACUGGACAAUGGAGUUUGCUUGAACUUGCCAAUUCUCUUUGAAAAGUCAAUGAUACUUUUUCCAGAACAAACUCUCCCUAUGUUUGAAAAAAAUACACAGAUUGUUAACAUGCUUCGCACCUGCAUCGAGAAAGACAGAACGUUUGGAGUUGUACGUGCUGGCAAGAAAAAAGAUCCACUCAUUGGUACCACUGCUGAAAUAUAUGAAUAUUCAGACAGUGAUUCCGGAUGUUUCUGUAUCAAAGCCAGAGGAAGACAAAGAUUCAAGGUUCUCAAAUUCAAGAAGACACAAGGUCAAAUACUCGCAGAUGUUAAAAUACUGCCAGAGGUAAUCCUCGGGCCACCCUUACACGAAGAACGAUUAGUUUCGCUUGAUCGUCUGCGGAAAAUUCCUGUAAAUGAGAAGGAGGCCAGUGAACAAGAGUACAGGGUAUCGAGACAGGAUUCAGCAGUUACACCCUGGCCAUCUUGGGUAUAUCGACAGUAUGACGUCAGACUGCUCACCAUGAAGAUACACGAGCAUCUACGUUUCAUCGUAUCCAAAGGCAGCGUUAUACCGAAGGAACCAGUAGAAUUGUCAUUCUGGCUCGCCCAAAAUCUUUUUGUAAGCAAUGCGGCCAAAAUUGCUCUGCUGCAAGACGAUUGUGCGAUUUCACGAUUGCAAUAUGCGGCCAAAGCUCUAUCCACACUUGGUAGGAAAUCUUUUGUGUGCGCUAUUUGUCGUCAGGCUAUUGGCAAACAUACAGAUAUUGUACCAAUGAAUAAAAAAGGAUUACAAGAAGCAUAUUGUAAUCCAUACGGAGCAAUUCAUGAAACGGUGACUCUGUCCAACACGACAAAUGUCGUUUUAAGUGUUGAUCCACCAUCAACGGUUUGCAGCUGGUUUCCUGGUUACGCGUGGACAAUCGCCAGUUGUGCGGGCUGCAAUUCCCACAUUGGCUGGAAAUUUACAGCGGUCAACAAAGAUCUAAAACCCCGCCAAUUUUGGGGAUUAACACGAAAAAACCUUCUACUCAAAUAUGCUUUUAUGAGCACUGAUGAAACAAAUUCUUUAGCCGCUGAAAGUGAUGGGGGCGAAGAUGUCCGGUCUCAUCUGUCUAGUGAAUCUGACAAUGAUGACGACGACGACGACGAUGAUGACGAAGAUGCUCGGCAAAUUAUACGUUAUCGUCUAGACCUAGGUCUAUGAGAGUCUAAGACACAAGAGAAGAAGCUUGAAAAUAUUGAUUUUUUAUCAUGAUAAAAAUUUUUUAAUUAAAAAUUUGAACGAGUGAUGAUUUUAAUCAGAAUCCUAAAUAACUAGUACUGAUUGAGUUUCCUGACCAGUAGCGUUCUCAUGUUAGUGAAUAGUUGACAAAAAGACUAAAAAACGCUUUAAGUUUCAUUUCCAUUACUCAAGAUUUUUAAAAGUGGGCUAAUGAAUCAAUUGCCAAAAUGAAGUAUUGUCAAGUUUUUCUUACGUGUGUGAAUGUUCAGUUCAUAGUACACUAUACGUGCUAAUGUGCUUAUACACGUGUAGCGUAUAUGUUAGAGGAAAAAAGAAUUAUGUUGUCAAAUAUAUUCAUCGGACGCGUAUACAAUUAGAAUGUUCAUUUGUAUUUGGAAGCCAGUAAAAUUGGUAUCGGAAGAACUGUGUGUAUAGAGUAACUGCUCGUUUUUCAAUUUCAGUGGAAAAUCAUCAUGAAUUGAAAAAUACAUACCCCUUCCAAGAA